AUGUACAUGGUCAAGGAAUACGUGAACGCAAGUAAGAUCCAAUAUCGCGAUGCGCUCGAUGUGAUCGAAGAAUUCGAGAAAGAGCUAUCCGAAAUGGAGGGCAAGUGUAUGGACAUCGGUUGUGGACCUGGAGACGUCACCAAGAGAUUGAUCCUACCGAAAUUAUCACCGGAAGCUGAGCUAGUCGGGACAGACAUAUCGAAACCAAUGAUCGAUCACGCGAAGCAAAAGUACGUCGACGAGAAACGGUUAUCGUUCUUCGAGCUGGAUAUCGAGACCGCGGCUUUGCCUAACGAACAAAUCGGCCAGUAUAGCAACGCGCUGUCAUUCUACUGUCUCCACUGGUGCCAGAACACCUGUACUGUCGAAUUUAGGCAAGCCUUCGAGAACAUCUACAAACUCCUGCGACCAGGUGGAAAGGCCUUGGUCAUGUUCCUAGCCUGGAACGACGGAUUCGACGCUUACAUGAAGAUUCACGAGAAUCCUCAGUACAAACCGUACAUGGAGGACGCAGACAGAUACGUACCUUUCUUUCAUCGAAGCAAAGAUUCGCGAGCAGCCUUGAGGAAUAUGCUGGACGGUAUCGGCUUCGAGGUUCUCCAUUGCAGCAGAAGGGAGAAGAGCUUCGUGUACCAGAACAUGGAGAUAUUGAAAAGUCACAUGAUCGCGGUUAAUCCCUUCAUCUCGCGGAUCCCUGAUCACCUCAAAGAGGAGUUCGAGGAUGUGGUGGUGCGCGAGAUAGCCAGCCGGAAGAUCUUGUUCACGAACAGGAACGACAACGGUCAGCAAGAGUACAGUAUCUUGGACAGAUAUCACAUUCUCGUGGCGUACGCCAGGAAGCCUUCCUGUACGUGCUAA